UGCAGAAUAUGAUGAAUUCGUCGCUGCAUACAGUAUCCAAGGAAGUCAAAUAGGCUCAAAAGCUAUUCUUCGCAGUACACCAUUGCCUGGUGCUGCAACAGGAAGCUGUCUCACGUUUUGGUAUCACAUGAAAGGUGCAUUAGAAGGGUUAACCUUGCAUAUGGAAAUACCAGGUACAAAUGGAAAUAAGAUUUUGUGGGAUUCACAGCAGAGCAAUACACAACCUUAUGGAGAUGAAUGGAAUCCAGGCCAAGUCUCCAUUGACCCUGUUGCGGGUUCAUACAUGCUAAUAUUCACUGCAACCAAACCCUAUGAAAAACUCCACAUUGCAAUAGAUGAUAUUGGGUUUUACAAGGAUGGAAAAUGUGAGGGAAGACCAGUGGCUGAUACAUACGAUCAACAACCGGCAGCAACAAAUGAGCCCAUAAUGGUAGACACUCCAGAAAUUUCAGAUGACAUCAAUGUGGAAGACAUAAGUUUUAUAGCUCAACUAAACGAUGCUAUCGCAAGAAUUAAAGAACCACGAAAAAAUACGGCUGAAUAUACCAUAAUUGACGCAAAUAUGGAAGUGUCAAACAAGAGCAACAUUAUCUUGGUGGAAGGAGAUAUUGUGGUACCAGAUGAAAAAAAAAUUAGAGAAAGGAAGCGCAAGCUUAAGUUGAAGGAAGGAGAUAUUGGUGUACCAAAUGAAAAAAAAAAGAGACAAAAAAGAGUAUUGACCAUAGAUAGUGUAUAUGCAGAGAUCGCACCUAAACCAACAGCUUGGAGACUUAAAAAAAUUCCAUAUAUGAUUAAAGUCGAUGAUUAUGCUGAAGAUCAAAUUACACUCAUUCGAUACGUCAUCAAUAUUGAACUUAAUAGCUUUUCCUGCCUAAAAUUCGAAGAGCAUCCAUAUAAUCCAGCGGAAACAGACAUCGUAACAAUAUUCAGUGGACUAGGGUAAUCUAGAUUUUCAGGCAUCUAAGUUUUAACAGCAACAAAGCAACAACAAUAAUCAACAACAGCAAGAACGACAACAAUAAAAAUUAGCGACAUUAACAAAACCAACGACUAAAAAACAACAACAGCAAGAGCGACAACAAUAAAAAUCUGCGACAUUAACAAAACCAACUACUAAAAAACAACAACAGCAAGAACGACAACAGCAAGAACGACAACAAUAAAAAUCAGCGACAUCAACAAAACCAACUACUAAAAAACAACAAC